AUGUUUCCUUUCUUUGACGAAGCUCAAGCAAUCUGCUGGAAGAUCUCAUUCACCCACCCAUCGGAGAAGGGAGCUUUUUUGAGAGCGGCUGGUGCUCGCUCAUAUGUCGACUAUGGCGAGCUCAAGCCAAGCCAGCAGGCCCUGACCGCCCUCUUCCCUCAGCCAAGCCUUUUGUACGCAUGGCCGGUACCGCCCGAGCCUUCCUCCUUCUCCAUUGCCACCGGGUACUAG